AUGCCCUGGAAUUGCUUCUGGGGAUACAGACCACCACCCGUGUGCAGAGUGAGUGGACCAUUGCAUCUUAUACUGCAGAAAGAGGGAGUCGGCCAAUCGCACGCAUUCCGCAGCAAAACAUUUAAGAAACCCAGGUCUUGUCAUUGGUGUCAUCAGCCGGUGUACAAUGGCUCGUGCUGUAGAGUUUGCAAAUAUGUCUGCCACACCACAUGUGAAAAUAAGCUAGCCACCUCUGUGAAACUUAUUCUCUGUCGCGCAGUGGUCGCAGACCGCGGUCUACCUCGAGAGGGUAGCGUCUCGACUCUCGCGGUUUGCAAAACGAGGUACAGUGCCGCCGCGCGCGCCGUCUUGCAAACGCGUACGCAAAAUUCCCGUAUCUAUUCGCGUGCCUUAUAA